CAAACAGCAAGAUAUUCCCUCAACAAACGCAAAACAUGUCGCAGCAACGUAUGGCUCUUUGGGCUGCAGAAGCAGAUCUUGAUGAGGACUUGCAAGACGUUGACCUUAGUCUGGCGAUGGGAAGCUAUGGGCAGAACGAGUUGUAUGAUGAUGCUCAGCAGCCUCAGCUAGAUGAAUCCGCAUUGCUCACAAUGCAGCAGCAUAUGGCUCAACAAGCUGCGUUUUCGCAAAUCCCUGAUGUGGUUAAGCGUUUCAUUGUGCACUUCCAUCAAGCCGUACUCGAUAACAACCUUGCAGAAAUAACUGUAGCGUAUGAGAGUGGCUGGAAUCGACUGACUGAAAAAUACUAUGCCAAAACGGAGUGGCCAGAGGCUGAAAUUAUUGCCCCUCUGGUUAACGACGAUCAGAUAUUCCUCAUCCUCUACCGCGAAUUAUACUAUCGUCAUGUUUACUCUCGUUUGCAACCAAACAUUGACGACCGAUUCCAUUCUUACGAAAACAGCUGCGAGUUAUUCAAUUAUCUCCUCAACUCUGACGGCCCAGUGCCUAUCUCUCUUCCUGAACAGUGGCUUUGGGAUAUCAUAGACGAAUUCAUUUACCAAUACCAGUCUUUCUCUAUCUGGCGUUCAAAACCACGCACCAAAACCGACGACGAACUCGGUCUCCUGGCUGACGGCGGUGCACAAGUCUGGUCUUCAUACUCGGUACUCAAUGUGCUGUACAGUCUAAUACAAAAGUCUCGCAUCAACGAGUACAUCGUGGCCACGCAAGAGGGAAAAAGUGAGGAAGAAAUCAGUGAGAUUGUAGGUGAGUAUGGCACAAAACCUCUCUAUCGCAUGUUGGGAUACUUCAGUAUCAUCGGUCUGCUCCGCGUUCACGUUCUACUGGGCGAUUUCACUCUUGCAUUAAAAGUCAUGGAUAACGUGGAGCUUAAUCAGAAGUCCCCAUUCACGCGUGUCACGGCGUGCCAUGUCGCCACUUAUUACUACGUUGGAUUCUGCUACAUAAUGCUUCGUCGAUACCAUGACGCCAUCCGCACGUUUGUUACCAUCCUGAACUUCAUGCUGAGGAUGAGACAGUAUCACACUCGAAGUUACCAAUACGAUCAGAUCAACAAAACAGCGGACAGAAUGUAUGCAUUGUUCGCGAUCUGUCAUGCGCUUUCGCCCACCAGACUCGACGAUAACAUUUUGAAUAUAGUCAAGGAAAAAUACGGAGAACAAUUUGCUAAAAUGUCAAAAGGCGAUGAAGGUCUCCCCGCUUUUGAAGAGCUCUUCCUCUACGCUUGCCCCAAGUUCAUUUCCGCCAACCCUCCUCCCUACGACGACCCUGAAGCCCUAAGUGCUCUCCUCGAAUCGGAUCAGCCUCAUGUUGACCCCGCUCACCGUCACUUGGCGCUCUUCCUCGCUGACGUGCAAGCACAGUCACCAAUCCCGACAUUGCGCUCGUUCCUGAAGUUGUACACAUCACUUGAUGCGUCGAAGCUGGCAAAUUUUCUUGAUGUAGGCGAAGAAGAGAUGGUGUGCCAGCUGAUGAUGAUGAAGCAGGCAAGUCGCAGUAUCAGUCGUAUAGGUUCGGACAAGGAGGGUGGGGAUAAGAGCGCCAAGGGUGGGCUACUUGAUGGUCAAAUGAUUGUUACCAGUGAUCUGAAUUUCGUUAUCGACGACAACAUGGUCCAUAUUGCAGAAUCCACUGUUGGUCGACGGUAUGCAGGAUGGUUUAUUCGUAACACAGAGCACGCACAGAGGGUAUUAGAUGCCCUACGUGCUAGUCCAUUGCCAAGUUCGAAAGGAGCCGGAGGUGCAGCCACCGGACCAGGAAGUGGACCGAAACCCAAGGGAGGCAACGAUAGCACAGAUGUACAGAGAAACAACGCACCACGACCUGGAGGACAAAAGGUUGCUUGGGGUGGGGUGAAGGCUGCGUGAGGGUUCUGAGGCUGAAAAAUAUCUGAUUUUGUAAUAGUCGUAAGACGUACUCAAACGAGCCCUAAGAUCUGUGUUCAAGUCUGCUGGGUGUAGGCCAACUGAGUAAGACCUAUAGCCUGUAGUACCUGUUUGGUACCUGUGUUAGCUUGACAAAUUCUCACUGGCAGUAGUACGUAUUAUUGGCUUUACCCGCCGGAGUGGUAAUUUUAAUUGCUAGUGCCCACUGGCACUCUGGCACUUC